AUGCCAACGACCAAAUCUCCCGCCGCAAACCCCAACAUAAAGCCGGACCCCAAUGUCAAUGGCUCCGUAAUCCGCAAAGCUUUCCUCGCCGAAGCAAUCGCAAACCUCUUCACCGUCCCUCUUGUAACAAACACAUCUUGGGUGCUCUCCCUCAUUCUCAAUCACCCAUCCGAUAUCAAUCCUUCUUCGGUCCUGUUCGCACGUCUAUUCGGCGGCAUCAUAAUCGGAGGUUUAACAUCCGCUUUGCUUGCUGGCUACACCAACACUCGCAAUGGUAUUGAAAGUAGAAGGCCAACCUACUUGCUGCUGGGUGUGGGAGAGACAUUGCUGAUUCCGAUCUUGGUAAAUGAGAUGUUGAAAGACGGAGGCAGGGACGCGGCGAUUAGUAAGAAGGUUGCGGGAGUAAGUAUUGGGAUGCUGCUGCCGCCGCUGCUUUGGAGGCUGUAUGUCCUCGGUGUAAGGCCAGAUUUGUUGGGGAGAUAUACCGAGAAGAAGAGCGGAGGGGAACGGGGCGACUAUGGCUCAAUCAGCUCGCGUGACGAGUAG